GAAUGUUUUGUUCGUUGAACCGACCGACGUCGGGCUGCGUGGACGCACGUAUCUUUGCCAGAUUGUCGCUUUAUUUAACGUUUAUAAUUGUGAAUUGAUUGCAAUUCAAUUUGUGGUGAAUGAGGUUAAACUGCAAUACGUUUUUCUAAUAAUCCUUAAUGAUGUACGUUUGUCUGUAAAACAAUUUGCUGAUCUGCAAGUUCUAGAAUCGUUUUCAUAUUUAUUUCUGCAAAAAUGGAAACAGUAAGAGCGAUAGCUUUUUUGCUUCUGUUUUUCUUUACUUGGGCCAAAGCAGAGCUAUUCACAGCCAUAACGGAUGUUGAACCGCUACUGGAAACCCACAAGAGGAUCAUAGACGAUUUAGAUGAUUACCUGCAAAAAGAAGAGAGGAGACUUUUCACUUUGAAGAAACACUUGAAUUUAUAUAAAAGGGAACACGAAAGGGCUAUGGAUGACAUCCCUAACUACCUCGGCAACCCGAUCAAUGCUUUCACGUUGAUAAAAAGAUUAACGGCCGACCUUGAUUUUAUAGAGGAUAGCAUUAAAAUUGGAACAGAAUACAUAAAGAACGUCACAAUGAACCACGUGGACGUGAAAUAUCCGUCAUUGGAAGAUCUGACGGGAGCAGCUCAGGCGCUGACUCGGUUGCAGGAAACCUACUAUUUAAAUGUACACGAUCUAGCCGAGGGUAUAUUGAAUGGAGUUUCAUACAGUACUCCUAUGACGGCGAGCGAUUGUUACGAACUCGGCCGGACUCUAUACAACGAUAAAGAUUACACAAACGCCUUGGCCUGGAUGAAAGAAGCGCUAAGGAAAUAUAAAGAUGAAAACGUCAUGUACCCGUUCACCGAAGUCGAUAUCUUGGAAUAUAUAGGAUUCGCAUAUUAUUUAAACGGAGACGUCAAAACCGCUCUGGAAUGGACUCAGAGACUUCUGUCCGUCGAUCCGAAGCACGUACGAGCGCGGGGCAACAUACCGCACUAUCAGAAGACGAUAGCCGAACAAGAGGCCGAAUUAAAGAAGCAACAACGUGGGGAAACCUCGGAUGAGCCUGAAGAAGAAGAUGGUCAAGAUUACGAAUUAUCAGAGUACGCAAAGGAACGCAAAGUUUACGAAUCGCUGUGUCGGGGAGAAAUGGAAAUACCCCAUGAGAUUACUAAGAGGUUGAAAUGUUGGUACGUCACCGACACGCAUCCGUUUUUAAAGUUGGCCCCAAUCAAAGUGGAGCAGAUGUACGUGAAGCCCGACAUAUUUAUGUUCCACGAAGUGAUGACCGACGACGAGAUUGAGUUCAUCAAAAAACGAGCAAAGCCGAGGUUCAAACGGGCUGUCGUUCACGACCCUAAAACUGGUGAGCUGACACCGGCCCAUUACCGCAUCAGCAAGUCGUCGUGGCUCCGCGACGAGGAGUCUCCGGUCAUAGCGCGCAUCACGCAGCGCGUCACCGACAUGACCGGGCUCAGCAUGCUGCACGCCGAGGAGCUUCAGGUCGUCAACUACGGCAUAGGGGGACACUACGAACCGCACUUCGACUUCGCUAGGAAACGUGAGAAUCCAUUCACGAAAUUCGGCGGCAACAGAAUAGCCACCGUCCUCUUCUACAUGUCUGACGUGGCGCAGGGCGGCGCUACAGUGUUCACCGAACUUGGACUCAGUUUGUUUCCAAUAAAACGAGCUGCGGCGUUCUGGUUGAACCUGCACGCGUCGGGCGAAGGAGACCUCGCCACCAGGCAUGCCGCCUGCCCCGUGCUCAGGGGAUCCAAGUGGGUGUCAAAUAAAUGGAUACAUCAAGGCGGGCAAGAGCUGUUGAGGCCCUGCGACCUUGAGUACCAGGAGGAGGGCAUCAUCCGCAAGAUUCCUCGUCCAGUGCCGAAGACAUCCAGGUAGACUCCGAGCAACGUGUGACCGAACGGAACUGAUCAUAAAUUGUUCGGUAUAGUGCAUUUUUUUUUUAAAUAAAAUAGAUUAAAUAUUACAUAGUAUAAUAGAAUGUUGGGUCUGUGUAGUACACGUAUUCGACUUCUGUGUCUCGUGCGAUUUUACGAAUAACCACAAGCAUAAUCGACUAGAAUGCAUAAUUUUAAUUAGUUAUGGGUCAAGAAAGAAGAUUCUCAUUAUGAAAGACGCCAAGAAAAUUACGCCAACUAACUUUUAGGAGAUGUUUUAAAUAACCAAUAAUUUGAGUGCAAUUUAUACUAUACUUUUAAUAUAUUUAUUAAAUUGUUCCAAUUUCUUUACUUUCCCCUAUUUAGAACGUAUAGUUUAAGUUAACGUUGAUUUGUUUGAUUGUAAAAUAUUAACAGUAAACUCACACCAGGCACACACAAAAAACCAUCUAUUGUUGCGAACAAAUUCACAAAUAAACAUAUCUAAUAAAAAAAAUGUUAAAUAAUAAAUAAGUUGCAAUGAAACACUAAUAUAUUUUAACAUAUUAUAUAUUAUAGUGAUAUCUUAGAAUAAACCAUCGUGGCUCGAUGGCUCGUGGCUUAGUGGUAUCAUGCCCUAAUAGUUCAAGAAGUCCCAAGUACUUUAUUUAAAACAGGCAUAGCUUUCAUGAAUAGUUUUAAUUGUUAUGGUAAUGCUGAAAAAACAA